GACCGACGGACUGCGGCGACCGCAAAGCCGACGGCAGGCUAAGGCGGCUUGGCGACCGCGGCGAGCAGGGCCGGUCCCGGGCGCAGCGGGAGGAUGGUGGUCCGCGUGUUCGUCGCCUCGUCCUCCGGCUCCGUGGCGAUCAAGAAGAAACAGCAGGACGUGGUUAGAUUUCUGGAAGCCAACAAGAUAGAGUUCCAGGAGGUGGACAUCACAAUGUCAGAAGAACAGAGGCAAUGGAUGUACAGAAACAUCCCCCCAGAGAAGAAACCUGCACAAGGCAACCCUCUUCCUCCUCAGAUAUUUAAUGAUGAUCGAUACUGUGGAGAUUAUGACAGUUUUUUUGAAUCAAAGGAAAGCAACACAGUCUUUUCAUUCUUGGGUCUGAAACCACGGUUGGCAUCUAAGACUGAGCCUUAGAGAAGAGAAGUGAAGAUCACAGAGAUGCAUUUUGGAGCACCCUCUGGUACUCAGCACACACCUGCUUAUCUAAUGCAUCACUGUAACACAAGCCACAUGCAUAGUAAUUUUGCUUGCCAUGGAAAAAGUCUUUUUGGAGGAUGUGGGUAUAAUGGGGAUUGCAUGAUUGCUUUAAACCAAAUCGGGACUGUGGUGGACUCUUAUUUUCUGAAUUGCCUGCAGUUGUGUCACUUAUUACAAGUGUGCUUUUUUAAUGACUGAUAGAUGAGUGGGUGGCUUCAUCAGAGGGAAAGUGCUGGCUUUGCCCUAGGUUUCAGUUAUUGGUACUGCAUAAUCCCACUCCACUUGAAGCUGCCUGAAUUGCACUCUUUAAAUGUGCCGACCAGGUUGGUGCCAUCUUAUAAUCAGAAAGAAAAGAGCAGUGCUGGUUAACAAAGGGCACUGAGGAAUUUUGCUGCAGUCACAGACGUCUUUGCUCCUAUGCUUUGUAAAAGCACCUGCUGAAAAAAUUAGAUGUUCUAGACUCUUUUUUGCAAUGGAAGCCCUCACCCCUAUACAUCCUCUAAGCUCCUGGAGAAUUUUCCAAAAACCACAGUUGCAAUAUUGCAUGAUCACAACAAAGUUACAGGUCUGACAAUAAUUGCUGUUUGGAAAAAUGUGUGCCACUUUUCCUCUUUCACAAGGAAAGUUUCACCGGGAUGCAUAAGACUGCUUGAAAGAUAUAUUUUAAGAGGUAUAGUAAUUAGAUAGUAAAUUCGUAGAAAAAUUGUCUAAUUAGUAUCUGAAGGCAUUUUCAGCUCCUGCAAUUAAUUUACACGUAAGUGCACAUAUAUUUUUACAUGCAGCUCCCCUAAGUAAAAGCUGCUUAUUCUAUUUUAUGAAGGGAUUCUAUUUUUUUUGAGGAAGAAAAUCUCAGCUAUGUAUAUUUUGUGAACCCUUGAUAAAGCAUAUUUUAAAAGGCAACAAUACUGCUGAGCCGGAGCUCAGCGGCAAAGCACUCACAUAGCGUGCACAAGGCUCUGAGUUUAAACCCCAGUAUGGUUAAAGGGGGGGGGGGGUUACCAGAACUGCUGUAUCACUUUUUAUCUAUGUUACUUUUUAUUGUCCUUUUCUUUCUUCCUAUUUCUGACAAAUGCAUGGUCUCAGACGUUUCAGAGCAGUGUUGGCACACAUGCUUGUUUCAUGUAUGAGCACAAGUGAUAUUUCAGAGCAGCAUGUAAGAGAAGGGGGACCGUCUAGCCAGUAACCCCGAGCUGUACUUGUCAAGCAAAAUCUCUGCUUUCAUUGGAAUGGACACAAUGAAAGCUGAACUUGGCCACUUAGGGCAGAAACUACUUUUCUGUAUCCUUAAAAGCUUAAAGUUUUUCAUUGCCAAACAUGGGGUUAGCCUUGAAUAGCAAAGCUCAGAGAGCUGACUGAAAUACUCACCUAUUCCUAGGAGCAUGAUGCUGACCUUUCAUAAUGUUAUGCAAAGGACAUGUAUAUGUUUAAGAAAUUGAAAGCAAAAUGAAUUAAGUUUCCCACCAUCCCUGUCCCUGGCGCUUUGCUAAUGUGGACUAGUCUACAGAGCUUUCUGAAUGCUGAAGCUGAGACCUUAUGUGAGAUGUGCAGUCCUACUACAGCCAUAGCAGCAUGGUGGGCUUCUCCAUGACUGAACAGAUACUUGGCCCACGAUUUUGUCUCAAGGAAAGCUUGUUACAUAGUCAUGGAUAUGACUGGGUGCUUGCUAGUAUACAAGAUCCAGGUCAAAUUCUAGCUGAUAAAUCUCGAGAGCUAUGUGGGAAUGUUUGUAUUUUUAUAACUAGAUAUUGUGUUUGAGUAUUUGAGUCUAUUUUAACAAUUGUCAUGCUAUAGUUACUCAGUUUACAUUUAGUCUGCCUUUGCCAGUGAGUACCAAGAAUCUACUCAGUAAGAUUGAGGCCUUGCAAGUUCCGGGUUGUAUACUCAUACUUGCUAGACAGAAAGCUAUCAAGGUUUGUCUUACCACCUCACAAGCCAUACUAACCCUUCUAAUUAUAUCAAACAUUUUCUUACUGUGAUGUGCAGUGGGGUGGGAGGUGGUUUAGCAAGGAAGACCAGCCUGAGGUGGUGGUGUACUUGUGCCUGGAAGCCCAUGGGUGGCAUCUGCCAGUUCCCAGGCUGUGCUGUGCUCAGAGCUGGUGGGUCCAUACUUGUUCUCUGGUCAGCCAAACUCUAAGCACAAAAUUGUGAUUUCCUUUUCCUUCUCUUUUUUUCUUUCUUUUUGGAAGCAAGGUCUUGCUCUGCAGUCCUGACUGGCUUAAAAUUCACUAUGUAGACUGUCCCCAAACUCACAGUUAUCCUUCUGCCUUUGUCUCCCAAGUGGUGGGUUACAGCUUGUCCAACUAAAUAGAGGUGUUUUUUUUUUUUCUUUCUCAUUUCCUUGCACUAGUUGUCUUUUGAUGAUAAUCACAAUCUUUAAAACCUAGGAAAGAAGUAAAUUUGUAAGCAUAUUUGUAAUAUCAAGGAAAUUUUAAUUUCCUGUAGUAGGCAUGUUGAUACAAAGGAAAUGUACAAAUACAAAUGAAAUUAUGCCACUUUAAAAUUAGAUAAGACAUAGUGCCCCAUCCUGCUACGUGUAUGCAGAGCAGAAGAAAGUUUUGUUCAGGAAACAUUUUGCCAAAUCCUAGGGUUUUCUUAAAAUUAAGGAGGAGAAAAGGAAAAUAUUUUGCCCUUAGAUGCUAGUAUGUUUCCUGUUUUAUAAAUUUAACUAUCAUUCACAUGUAGACGUUUUGUACUAUAUGGAUUUAAUAAUGACCAAAUAUUUUUGUGUUUUAUUACUGAAAGGUACCAAAGGCUCUAUCUGCUUUGUUUAUUUGAUUUUAUUUUUUUGCAAGGUUUUGCUUUUCCAGAAAUGUUUUUUCUAUAUCAGCUUUUCUUAAGUGUCAGGAUCUACUUAUAUCUGUAUGAGUGUUUUUGAUUUCAGCCUGUAUGUGUUUGUCUCUAAAGGACUUGAUGAGAUCUCUGAUUUUAUACUCAGCAUUAAAAGAAUACAUUCCAGAAAACAUGCAUUUUGAAAAUGA